UGAUGUCAUGUCUCUUCCUCCUUGCGGGCAAGAUUGUGAGUCCAUUGCUCAAGUCAAGUCAUAUAUUACAUCACAAGCAAAUUAAUGGGACUUUUCUUCAGUGUGAAUAAGAGUAUCACCAUCUAGUCCACAGCAAGGAGAACAGUCUUUUUAUGUGUUCACUUAGAUUUAACUGGGUGUUUCUAUGCAGUAAAAGAGGAAAGGGGAAGAACUGUGAAUAUAGAGUGUUGGAUUUAUGACUGCAGGAGACAGCGAUCCGCAUGAAGCCCGUUUCUUCACCAUGGCCUGUGAAAGCCAAGCAGACGGAGCUGAGAAACAAAGUCCCAUCUCCUACUGUGGGACCCAUGCAGAUGACAGCUCCCUUCACUGGGUGAAAGAGUUUCACAAUGGCCAGGUGCUCAUGGUUCUCACUGCUAGCAAUACCUGCUCUUCCACCUUCUUUGAUAUGGAGCUUUGUGCAGAGAAACUGAAGACCUUUGGAAUUCAGAUGACAAUGGAUCAGUGGAGGAAUUUAAUUCAAAAUGCCAUUCUGGAACCUGAAGUAAGAAGAUACAUGUUCUACAACUCCAGAGCUUUUGGGAUAGCCAUUGCUGUGAUUUUCUACAUCUCAAUCUGGGCAAAUAUUUACUCCACCAUGCAGCUGUAUUCCUUUGGGUGCCACUGGGAAGUCAGCAUUCUGGUGACGUUGGCUGCCAUAGCAGUCACUAUAGUUGUUAUAUUGAUUAUUGACCAACAUCAAAGGAAGAUACACGUGAAUACUGAUGUGAGGCUGGCAGCUGCCAAUGAAGUCUUCAUGAAGCACAACUUACUUCUGGGGGUUGCAGAUGCCAUGGACAGACACCAGAACAUUCUACAGCUUUGCUUUGUCCAUUUCAACCUGGAGCAGUGUCGUCACUCCUUAGCAGGCUAUAUUACAGAACGGAAGAGAAACCACCAGUCAGCCCUGAGGCACAAUCUGGACCAGUUCUGUGUCACUAUGGAAACAGUGAUCCAGUCGGGUCAGGGAAGAGGAGAGGAGAGUUCGUCUGAAGAGUCGCCUCUUCUACCCAGUGACAAGAAAAGGACUCUGGCAUGCAGUGAACUGCUCCAUCUCAUUCCAGAGGGAGCUCCAGAGGUGAUGGCCCAGCAGCUGUUGGUGAUCUUCAGUGGCUAUUACAUUAGACUCUUGAUUAGUGGUCAGCUCCCUCAGGUCAUCAUGUUACGGCAUGUGGAACACAUGAAUAUUCCCUGCCUUUGCCAGUUCAUAGAGACAAAUGUGCUUGACACAGGACACUGUUGGUUCAAGGCCAGGUGACGUGAGGGGCCUGGAAAGAGUUGUUGCAAUUAAUACUGUUCAAAUACAGUGGUUCAUGGAAGAAGCCAGGGCAUAGGGAAGUCCCGGAGAGAGAUACAACUGCAUCAGGGAUUUGUUUUGACCAAUGAGAGGACAGUAAUGAGGUGGAGGACAUGACUUAAGUUAAAUAUUCAAAAUCCCAUUCAGAGACAAUAAAAGAGACAGAUACCUAACUGCCCAACCGCCCUCUUGAACAGGAGCCAAAUCUCAUGUGAAGAAGUGAAUUAUGCUGCUUAUGACUUCCUUACUUCUCAUCAGGUCUGUUGGCCAUCCAGUACAAAUAGUUGCAUUUAUGUGUGUUUGUAAUGAGCUAUCAACUCAUGCUGUGAACAGUGCAAGUAAGGAUCAUGCCUGGAUGAUGCACAGCAUGUAAAGUUCAGAUUGUUGAAUGUUUAAUGCAAGGAACAUGGCAAGAUCAUGGCUAGUUAAGUUUCCUCUUUUAUACCCCACUCAUGUUCCUUUCAUCAUGCAUGUGUGAUCCUUGCAUUUUUCCCAGCAUAGGGAAAUGACCUGGCUAUUAUCUUUAUUUUCUUGCACAGACAUGCUCUAUUUUCUUUGGCUCUGGAGAUCAGAGCAUAACAUCUCUCACGCCGGCAGAAACUCACAAACUCUUAGCAUCCCAUUUGUUCGGGACUUUUGUUGGUAUUUGUUAUUUUCUAGGCAUGGACACUGCACUCAGCACUGUACAAAACACAGAAGAUGUCACUACCUCUGACCUGGAGAAUUGUUAACCUAGGAGCAUGAUCAGAAAUGUCCCCCACACCUUUGACUAUACCAGGAGUUAGGGGUGAUGAACAACUUCCAGAAGGUGCUUUAAAAGACAGACAACAUGAAACACACUACGAAAUCUUAAGCAAAGUCCUUUAUUGAGCAUCUUUUCUACAGUUUUGGGACAGUAUUUUUUUUUAUGCUAUCAUUUGUAAAUGACAUGGAAAAGGAAUUAGUUUUAAGCAGGAGACCAAAGUAUCUGCUUGUUACUGGGUUAAUUUAAUAAAUGGCAAGUGAACGAAGUGCUUAAAUUAUGCAAGUAAUUGUGUCCUGGAGUAAUAACCACGAAUGGGCAAUCAACAUACAAGUCAGACAUGGCUUGUGCUUUCCAUAUGAAUCCAUCUGACAACUGCAGACCCUAUCAUCUGGUUUCAGCAGGUAAACUUAAGGCUAUAGUUCCAUGGAGGAGUUGAUCCAGUACAAAUGGCAAUGGGGAUUUACAUGACCUCACGACCAUGACAGGCUGUAUCUGUAAGAUUGCAGUAGCUGCCUUAGGCACACAGAUGUCCUAGUGACGAU